AUGUCGCUAGAAAAAACAACUAAUUCAAUUAAACCAUCGCAAAAUGCUGCUCCUAGUAAUGGCUUCUCAAUGCAGAUUCAGUCUAAUAAAAGCAAAAACAAAAAGUUAGAAAAAAGAAACCUGUCUCUUUUUGCUUCAGAACCGAACAAAAAGCGUCGCAUCACAGACGACGACAUAAAUCAACCAACGAUUGAACUUGUAACAGGCUUCGAAGACAAUCAGAUUCAAAGUCUAAACCCGAAGGAAAGAUCUGAUCUCCCAAUAACUAUCCCAGCAUUGAAGAACGCAGAUUGGUUAGAGCGAAGUCAAGCACUUGUUGCUGCAAGUUCCAAAGAAAGUGACAAGGUGAAAACCACAAGCGUUAAAAAACUCGAUCAAACUACAAGCGUUAAAACGCUCGAUAAUUCUAUAGUGUCGCUAAAACAACAGGCUUUGGAUGAAAUUUUAAAAGGCCCGAAAACUGACAAUGAUAUUGAGCAAUCGGAAUCAACACUGGUAUUGCAAGUAGAGAAAAACAAAAAUCUCAAUUCUAAAAAAGAAAAGGUGUCAGACUUGGAAGCAUUUCGGCGUGAAGUAGCAAGUUUACCGGAUGAAGCCGAUAUUGAUUACACCAGCGUUCCAAUAGAAGAAUUCGGUGCAGCAAUGUUAAGAGGAAUGGGAUGGAAACCAGGAAUGACAAUUGGAAAAAAUCAGAAAAUAAAAUCUAUUGAAUUACGCGAACCAAAGGCACGUCCUACUCAUCUUGGGUUGGGCGCGUCACCACUUCCUGCUAAGGAUGCUCAUGGUUUACGCUAA